CUAGAUGGUGUGCAAGCCACUGGAGAGUACACUUCCCCGCACAGUGGGCUCUACAUCCAGCAAAACAAACCUGGGAAAUUAUACGGCGGACCAUUUUACGGGGCUCCGAGAAGGAAAAGUGUGGAAAUAAAGCGUCGUCCGCGUCAAGAUUUUCUUUUUUUAAAGCCAACCCCACGCUUUUUUAGCAACAAGACUUGGGAAAAGCGGCAACAAAAUACAGCUGUGAUGGACAUAAUGAUUGCGGUGCAGGAUGCUUGUGUCUCUGGUCAGUGGCUUACUGCGAUAAUUCUCAGUCUGUGCUGCUUUCUGCCGUCCUGUUUGCCCGCUGGACAAACUGUGGACUAUUCCUCGGUUGAAAGUGUGGUCAGCAGACAAGGCGACACGGCUCUACUGAGGUGCUACCUGUUGGAUGGGAUCUCUAAAGGAGCCUGGCUGAACCGCUCAAGCAUCAUAUUCGCAGGGAACGACAAGUGGUCUGUGGACCCACGUGUGUCCAUCGUGUCCAGCGUCGGAGACAAACAUGAGUACAGCCUUCAGAUACAGAAAGUGGAUGUAACUGACGACGGCCAGUACACGUGCUCCAUUCAGAGUGAGCGCAACCCACGACCAAAGCUCCUCAACCUAAUUGUAAAAGUUCCUCCCAAGAUAUAUGACAUUUCCUCUGACAUCACGGUAAACGAAGGCAGCAAUGUGUCGCUCAUCUGUACAGCCAGUGGGAAACCUGAGCCAACCAUUUCCUGGAGACACAUAACCCCAUUAGCCAAGAAGCAUGACAGUGGCGAAUAUCUUAACAUCACCGGCAUCACAAGGGACCAGGCUGGAGACUACGAAUGCAGCGCUUUAAAUGACAUUGCCUCUCCUGACACCAAAACAGUAAAAGUCACAGUCAACUUUGCCCCAGCUAUCCACGAGAUGAAAAGCCAUGGAGUUGGCCUGGGACGCACAGCUCUGCUAAGGUGCGAGGCAGCUGCCGUGCCUUCUCCAACAUUCGAGUGGUACAAGGGCGAGAAAAGGAUUCUCAAGGGUCAGGGCAUCGACAUCAAGAGCCUCAGCUCCAGAUCAGUCCUCACAGUGACCAACAUGACAGAGGAUCGUUACGGGAACUACACAUGUGUCGCCUCCAACAAGCUAGGGACGGCUAAUGCCAGUGUGCCUCUCAUUCCAAUUAUUGAAACCACCACCACUAGUGCUGUCUCAAGCCCAGCGCCCAACACUGCACCCUAUGGGAGCACAGGAAGUGCAUACGUCCCGCUGGCCUGCCGAUACCUGGUCCUGGCUCUCUCCUCCUUCAUCAGCGUGUACUAGCAGAGGCCAGACCAGACACAAUGACUGUCGAGAGCAUUUAUGAAUCCUUUUUGACAUUGCUGAUGGCUGGAAUCCAAUCUGGUACAGUUUGUUGAAAAGCCGUGAGGGGAAAAUAAUCAGCGUUACUUUGUGUGGGGAAUUUUUCUUUUCUUUGCUUUUUGGUGAAAUUUCUGUCAUGUAAAUACUAUGAUGUUUUUUUUUAUUAUUAUUAUUAUUAUUUCUUCACUUCUUUUCUGAUUGAUUGAACACCUUGUGAAUCAGUGCUCACCCCCAGCCCCACUCCAUCUCCACUCAUAUCAAAAGCCCCCAAACUUCCCAAAUGAGUUACUUUCAUGCCUCUUUCUCUGGGAGGCGAUGGCGCAAAAUUGACAUUUUCAUCCGUUUUUGUACAUGGCUAAAAAGAAGCAAUUGUGCCAAGUCUCUCAGUACACAGAAUUACCAUACCAAUGUUGUAUUGAAUGUAUUAUGGGUUGUCGAACAAAGGAAAGACAUUUAGAUUCCUAACAAUACAAAUUCUGAUUAUGGAGUGUGCUUAAAAAAUACAGAAAAAAACCCAGAAAAAAAAACAAAAGAACAAAAAAGGCAGGGCUUUUCCAGGACCUGUAUUGUCAUGAUUACUCAAUAGAUGGAUGAACAGUGUUGAAGGUGUGCUUUGUUGUAUUCUGAAAUGGGUCCUUCAGUUACUAUGCCUGCCUAACAGAUUUGAUCAGGCAGCCGUCAAAGUAGCAAAGUAUACUGUAUUGUAUCUUUAUAUUUUAAAUAUAGUGUAGGCUUUGGUUUUAAAGUGGGACCAGCUUUUCUCAUUUGACCAAGAACAUUAACACAGUUCAUGACUUUGUACAGUAUGAAGGGAGGAACAUCGCUGCCCUAUGUUUACAUUCUUCUUGAAAAUAUAAAUACUACAGUAUAUACUCCAUACUUUGUUUUUUAGUAAGUCCACGUACGUGAAUGUCACAACAAACUGUUGCAGUUGAGAAGAAAAAGCAGAGCCCAAGUUCAACUGUUUUAAGCUUUUCUCUUAAAGAUGCAGUUCUUUGAAACAUGCCACUUCCAGUGGGCGUCUGAGCGGAGCGUUUUGUCUCUGAAUUUGUUGUGUAUCUACUGAUCAUCUACUGGCUGAAAACCCACAGCUGCACCCUGUAGGUCGCUUGAAGUUUUUGGCUUCAACUUUUGGCAUGAUUCUAAGAUAAUGGAUUCUGGGAAAGCAGCAUUCUGCAGCACAGCGUUUUCUUCUUCUGUUUUUCUUUACAUAUUAUUCAAUACUUAAAUAUAUUACAGUCUCUUUUACAGUAAAUAUAUCAACUUCAUUGUACCAGUUAACAAAUAAAGGACAUCUAGAGAGCCAAAGGCUAUCUAACUUAAGAUUUCUAGUUAAGUACAAAAAAGUACAAUAAAGAAACCUGCUUGGCUCCAGUCUGAGUCCUUCUCAUGUUAAUUAUGAGCAACAGAACACAAAAUAAAGCUUAGAAACAUGCUCAUCACUACAAACAUGGCCUAAGGUGCUAACAGCUCCUCCAAGAUGAGUGUACAUUUUAUUCAAACAGCUGAUCAGUGUCCACAGGGCCAGUGAACGUCCAGCAGAGUUGAGAAUAAAUUAAACCAUGAGGUCGUUUAAUAGGAGAAAAAUGUGGCUUUUUGUUCACUGAAAUCAACCAUAUCAAGGCUCAAAAACAAUGUUAAUGUAAGGGUUUACUUUUUGACAAGACUGUCAUGGCAUAUUCAUCCUCAAGUAUCUUCAAUCCAUGGUGUAAACAGAGAUACUGUACUGUAAUGCCUUAAUAGUACCAUAGACAUUAAAUGAACCUCCUUUAGAAGGACACUUCCAGAAGCUCUCAAUAAGAUACAACUCAUUUGUUUGACAUAUUACUGAUUAUUGAAUGUUCAUAAACCAAUAGCUGACUUAUCUUUCAAAUUAGGCAUUAUAUUCAGUAAACAACAAAAUUUCUCAACUUAUGGCUCUCGCAGGUAUUUUCAAAUAAGCCAGUUGCAUCUGAUAAAAAUGCAGUAUUUGUCGUACAGGUUAACAUAUUUGCAGGUCUUGUUUGGAUUUGGAUUAUGUUAUGUUUUGCCCCGCGAUUGAGGGACUAACAGUACCCGAGUUCACACAGUAUUUUCACAUGAACUUGUAACUGCAAAUCUAUAGAGAAAUAGCCAUCGCAGUUAAAAGACUUAAAGCACAAACACUGUUAUUACUUUUAUGUUUUGUGAUGAUUUGUUUAAAGGUCUGCUAAACAUUUUUUUUAUUAUUGUUUGUACUGAAAUUGAUAUCAGUUUGUUCUACAAAUUAUGAAAAUACUGCACCAUAUGAUCUUGUUUAAAUGUUAAGGUAUAAUGAAAAUGGGUCAGAAGUAUAUUUAUUCUCUUCCUUUAUGAAAACAAUGUAUAAAAAAUAGAUUUGAAACAUGUAAAACUGGAUAUGUGACAUUUAUUUGAAUGAGGCACAGUAUGGCAUAGUUUAUAAUGUUGUCGGGUUCAUUUAGAUGCCAUAACUGUUGUUGAUUUUUUGUCAGAUGAGUACAUUAAAAAGAACAAUGUUUGCAAUCAAAUUACCUACUUUUUGAAACAGAGAGGGUGUGAACCAAUAUAACAGUAUUAUAGAACAGAAUCAAUGUGUGUAUAUUUGGAGAAAAUAAGAUACCUUUUGAUCUUUAGAGCCAGUGUGUAGUCAUAGUUUUCACACACUUGCGUGUUUGAAGAUGUGCAGAGAGUAUGGUUGUGCUGCAUGUCAAAGUUAACCUGUGUUUAUGAGGUGGCCAUUUUACAGAUAUUCUUACUUUUUAUGAAUGGAACCAGUUUUUUCCAAACAUUUGGUUCUUAAACCUGGUCUAAAGAUGCAUACCUCCUACAGACCAACAGGCUAUGUUUGUUUGUGAUUUAUUUGAAUCACCGUUGCUGAUAAACUAAAACAACUGCUAUUCAGAGUCAUAAUGAUUAUUGUGGCACAUUGGUGACAGUCUGGAGUUAUGUGGGUUGCUUGUCUAAGCAGUUAAGAUCAUGCUAGUAUUCCAUAUGAAAUGUACUGGAUGUUGAUUAUUUUGAAUAAUGGUAUUAACAAGUACCUUUUAUCGAAUCACUAUUAUUUGCAAUAAAAUUCUUCAUGUUACAAUAUAAACCCAUAUCUGAGUUAAUGAGCACUCAAAGAGGCUGUCAUUAUCACCGGAGCAGGGUGUGAGCCGGAGCGUGCCAUUACGACAAUGUCCUCCUUAAAAUCAAGGCCAGAAUCUAUGCUGUUAGCAGGCUUCUCAUCUUUAGAUUUUAUAAGCUGUAUCAGCAUUUAUUUCGGAAGUUAGGUACGAAGUAAAUGCGCAUCGCAAGCGGGUGCCUGUAUGCUCGGCCAAAGAUGGUUUGUUGGAGAGGAAACACCCCACUCUGUACCAUUUCGAUUUUUAAAAACUUAGCAAGGAUUACGUCUUUUUGCUGUUCAAAAAGACCAGCUGAGUAAUGAGUCUGUUGGUCAGUAAACAAUCUUACGUUGGCUGGCUGUACACGUCAAAAUCCAGCCCGGUACCUUGUAGCUGGACAGCAGUCGGGUACUGACUGACAGCGAAAGCUAGCAACGUUAGCUAACAUUAGCUAACGUUACAAUUGGGACUAAUUUAGAUGCUAUCUGAUAUCUUCAGCUUUAACUGUCUGACGUGACUUACCAAAUUUUUGUAAUUUUUACCAGAAGUAGACAAGUACAUAGCAGUCACUAGUAAAUAUUUAUCUAAUGAUUAGAAAAAUUAAAAAGUAAUUUUAGGUAUCACAGUAAUGUAGCUACGUAUUUUCGCAAAAUGUAAGCUACAGUAAAUUGGUUUGAUUUUCUAAAUUCAUUAUCAAGUUGUUUGAAGUUCUUCAAGAAAAAUACUGGUUGAAAUAUUUGCCAGUGGCACACUUAAACCCUGCUGAAACAAAGGGGUGAACUUAAUCACCCUAUUAUUUUUGAUUUUAUAAUUUCCUAAAAAUUAUCUUUUGUUUAGAGUAAUUUGCAAACGAAACAAAGGUUUAUGUCUAAAAUAAUAUGUCUAAUAUCAAUUCUCAUGGCAUAGUAAUAUUAUGUUUGAGCACUCCUCACAGUUUUGUUUAUUGCCCCCUUAAAAAAGUACUGCUAGACCCAUUUGAACCCCGUCCCGGACAAUCCUGACUCAAACACUGCUGGGACUAUUCUCCAGACGUGAGGGACAUAUAAGUCUGUUUGUACAGUGUAGCUUAAGUCAUCUUAAUUUUGCCAUAUCAUGCAUGUUUCAUACCCUCCCCUUUUACCCUCAAACACUGUAUAAAUCCUCCUGAGUCCAGAUGGCUGGAUGCCACAGUACAUAGGAUUAACCACUGUUUGCACUGCAUCAUCAUCAUCAUUGACUUGAGUGUGUCGCUCAGUCUAUAUGAUCUGGAGAUAUUUACAAACAUAAACCACUGCUCAUUCUUGUCCCAUAAUGCAUCUGGGGGUCUAUUAUAGCUUUUUCCCAAACAGCACCAGGCUUUCGAGUAUCCUGUGACCUGAAUAAACUCUCGACUAAAACAUUCAUGGUUGUGUGACCUACCUCAUAAAAGUUCAGUUGAAAAAGUCAUGUUGAUGUACAAGCUGAAAAGAGGCCACGCCACACACCUGCAGAGAUCACUGCCUCACUUCGCGCUCCCAGCUGACAGCUGAGGGGGAAAAAAAUCUCUCCACUUUUAAAUUUAAGAUAAGAGGAUUUUAAAUAUUCAUGCUAGUGCGUAUUAUUACGGCCCCCACAUUCCCCACCUAGAAUUUUUAAAUUGCCCAUUUCAAAGUACCCUCCUCCUCUCACCCCGAUGUAUCAGAAUCAUACUGCUCUGUUUGAAUGCAUUUAUUACAAGUUUGGAUUUUUUGCAUUGUGAAACAACAGCUGUUUGAACUCUUGGAGGGGGGCAAGUACUGUACUGAAUGUGCCUUUAAAGUAUUUUAUUAAUCAUAACCAACCCUCAUUUGGAGCCUUAUUGCCACAGCAAGCUAAAACUACUGUACGCAGUCUUUUAGCUGUGAAAAAUAUAAAAUAAUUUCUCACUACAUUGGCUGUUCAUAACGUCAACCUAACAUGCAAUAGCUCAAUAUAGAAUACAGCACUCCACAUAAGUUACAGAUAUCAUAUAAUUACAUGUACAAUUAUUCUGACACAUGUAACUCCUAAGUGGCAUAGAAUACAAAUUUAAAAACAAAUUAAACAUAGUUAAAUGUCAUCAUGAUUAAAAUAAUUAUGAUUAGUGCAUAGUUAAAGUUCAAUGUAGUGAUGUGCAAGUAUCCUUGCUGUUUGUUUUCACUUCUUUAGUAUGGGCAGGGAUGUGUUUGAAAGGCACGUUUAUUAAUCUUUUCUGUGACUGACAUACUGUACUGUAUGUGACACUAUCUAAAAUAAAAACACAGCUUGAAAAGUUUAAACAAACGGCAGGAAUUAUUUUGCAGAUGAUGUGUGUGACUCUGGUUGUCACAGUAGUAAACAUCACGACAAACUCAAAGACUGUCGUGACACUCCAUGUGCACCAACAGGAGCACAUACAGUAUACUGUGCUGCGAAUAAAAGCUGAUGCAGGGAGGUGAGGCAAUAUAUUGCAAGUGGCAUUUACAGUCUUAAAAGACAAGCAUGAACAAAUACUGACAAUGAGUCAUUUUGUAUUGCAACCAAUACAAAUAUUCAACCUGUCAGCAUAUGUUUUCAGCACAUAAUGCUUUACAGUGUAUUGUGAUUUGACCACUCAACACUGAACGUUUGCAGUAUUUAUUCUGCAAAUUAAUAUAUGUAAAACAGUGUUAUCCUGCAGCACAAUUAAGGCAGCAUACACUGUAGGUUAUGGAAAUUAUUAGCAUGGUGUCAAAGUGUUGUUUGGCUCUUCACAAAGGCGUCUGCAGCCAGCAUGAACAGUGAGGAGAGUGGAGGAGUUGUGAGAGAGGGAUUCCUCCUGACCCCGCGGUUAAUGAAACCCUUCCUGUGCCUUUGUCAGUUUUAACUGGGAGAUUGUGUCAUACUACACACUGGAUCUGCUGCCUGGCUCCUGCAGUCACCAUCCCACUUCCCUGAGCAGCAUACUGAGUUGUCAGUAUCAAAAAAACCUCUGUUUCUUGAGUGCUAGCAUUCAGUUUUGGUAGAUAUGUUUGUUGCACAGCAAGCAAAAGCUAUCCCUCCUGUCAAAUGCAGGCAGAGAAAGAAAAAAAACUUGAAUUAAUUUCUCCAUAACCAGCCUCUGGGCAAGUUUGAUUCAGUUCUAAAUGGGAAAAAGAAAAAAAAGGUUCAGUUUUUUUGAAAUAGGCCUCUUUCUUUUCUCUCAAACAUUUCAAUUGGUACAAAAACAGUGAGUAAUUUCUGACUCUCCAUUUUCUUUGAAAUCCCUCUGAUAGUGUGGCAGCUGCCAAUGUAAGGGGGGGGUGCUAUUUUAAAAAGAGGUUGCAUCAAGUAUUUGUCAACCUGUCCCUCAUUAUUUCCACUGAACUGGAAAAUAAGUUGCCAGGCAAUGAUGCAGAGCCUGAGAUAAUGCCUGGGUUUUAAAGCAAGCUAUCUAAGCCAGGUCUCUCCAUGACGCCGAUGACUGAAUCACACGCUGCGAAGUGUUUUCAUGGGAAGCUCCCAGGCAAUUGUCAGUUUUCAUGAAGGAUUGAAUGGGUUGCCAUAGAGAAAAUGUCAUCAUUUCACUGACAGUAAAUGUAAUCCUAUUUUAUUUGUGGUCAUACCUCAAAAGGCAGAUUACACAUUGUUUUAUAUACACUGGACACAGCAAAUCAGUUCCCCAUAGCACCAAUUCAUCAUAUGUGUCCUCAGUGUUGUAUUUGUUUAAAUGGAGUGACCUCUAGUAGAGUUCAAGGUAUGAGGUGCAGCAUUUCAUUUCCAUUUGUUUCUUUAAAUUGAAUAUAUUUACUUUGUAUUUCUUUUUACAAAAAAUGGGAACAUCCUAAAAAAUGUUCUACAUGGAAAUACUUUUAUUUCUCUUUUUUAUUUGUUUGUUUAAUUUAAUUCUUCAAAUCAUUAUGCUGAAGAAUAAUGUGAUGAGAAGUCUGGAAUAGAAAUGUUUACUCAAAUGUGUAUGAAGGUCCUUUAGCCACCAGGGAUAUAGUUGUACAUUUAUAGGCUCUAGAUCACUGGAAUGAUAUAUAUGGCUUUAAAUGGCAUUGAUAUAUCUAUAUAUAAUAUAUCUAAAUAUAUAUUAAUAUUUGUCCAGAAAUAAGAAAAAUCCAUGUACUUAAUUACUUUAAAGCUUACAUUGUGUAUAGCACGUAUGCAAGUCCAUUUUCAUCAUGUUUGAUGUAAUUUUGUAGCAGUGGUUUGAUACUAAUAAAUGGCAGUUGAUGAUGGAAUUGUA